AUGUUGUUCAAUUUCUCCAUAGCAGCACACGAAAUACUUUCCGCACUUGCUGGGUAUUUUAGGAACGGUCACUACGGUGAGGUUCUCAAUCGGUAUUUGGAAUUGAAGCAAUUUAAAUUUGGUUUGUGUGGCUCAGCCAUUACGGUUUGUCUGAAAAGUUGUGUUGCAUUAGGGAGGUUCGAAUUUGGAAGAGGGGUUCAUGUUGAUUCCUUAAAGCUUAAUUUGAACUCUGAUUGUUUUGUGGGUUCUUCUCUCAUUCGGUUAUAUUCUGAAUAUGGAAAAAUUGAGGAUGCAUAUAAGGUGUUUGAUGAAAUUACCAACAAAGAUCUUGUGGCUUAUACUUCCAUGAUUACUGCCUACGCUCACUGUGGGGGUUUAUGUGCUUAUGGGGCCUUCCGAAUUGCUUGCUUAAUGCAGGAGCAACGACUGCAUCCCAAUCGAGUAACAUUAGUGAGCUUACUACAUACAGCAGCUAAAUUGGGAGCGCUGCAUGAGGGUCGUGCAAUCCAUGGUUAUGCCGUUAGAAAAGGAAUUGGCUUGUUGGAUGAGAUUUUUGAGACAGCCCUCCUUGAUAUGUAUAACAAAUGUGGAGAUGUAAGGAUGGCUGCCUCUAUUUUUGGCAAGAUGGAUGCUACAACAGUUGGUUCUUGGAACACUUUGAUAUCGGCUUAUCUUCGUAAUGGACAGGCUUUAGAAGCUUUUGGCCUUUUUUGUCAAAUGAUGCAUAGAAAGAUUUUGCCUGAUUUGUUAACCUUAGCCAAUGCAAUUCUUUCUUGCGCCAACUUGAAUUAUUUGUGUGAAGGAAAGAUUAUCCAUGGAUACAUGAUCCGAACGGGGGUAGAACCUGAUCUGGUGGCUAGUACUGCUUUGGUUGAUCUAUACUCUAAAUUUGAUGUAACUAAAGCUAGAAAAAUAUUUGAAAGUUUGGGGAAUAAGGAUGCUGUUAUAUAUAAUGUUAUGAUGGGUGGUUAUCUCGAAAAUGAGUUAUCUGUGGAGGCUAUAAAUGUAUUCCGUGAAAUGGUCAAAAUGAGUGCUAGUCCAAAUGUGGCUUCAUUUCUGAAUUUAAUUUCUGCUGUAUCAAACUUGAGAGACAUCAGACUAGCCAGUUCUAUCCAUGGGUAUGUAUUGAGGCAUCAGUGCAUCAUGAAUGUGGAAAUUGCAAAUCAAAUAAUUCAUUCUUAUGCAAAGUGUGGGUAUGUGCUGUAUGCAAAGGAAGUCUUCAAUAGGAUGAGAUGUAAGGACUUGGUGUCAUGGACUUCAAUGAUAAUGGGUUAUGUUUACCAUGGCCAUAUUGAUGAAGGCAUUAUUUUGUUUCGUUUGAUGCAAAGAGAAAAUCUAAAUAUCGACUCUAUUACUCUAAUUGGUCUCCUUCAGGGGUUAUCCCAGCUUGGAUGUCUAAGUUUUGUUAAGGAAGUUCACUGCUUCAGUUACCGAAUAUUUCAUGGCAGAGAGUUGUCUGUAAAUAAUUCUCUUAUUACUACGUAUGCUAAGUGUGGAAAAAUACAUAUGGCUAGAUAUGUAUUUCAGCAGAUUACUGAAUGGUGUCUCACAUCAUGGAAUGCAAUGAUAGGUGCUUAUGCGAUGCAUGGAAAUUAUACAGAAGUGUUGAAACUCUUUGAUCAAAUGAAAUUGGGUAAAAUUAAACCUGAUGAAGUAACCUUUACAUCAAUACUCACUGCCUGUAGCCACUCAGGAUUGGUAAAAGAGGGUCUACGGAUUUUUGGGAUCAUGGUGAAUGAAUAUGCGAUAGUUCCAGGUGAAGUUCAUUAUAGUUGUGUAGUAGAUUUAUUAAGCAGAGCUGGACUGCUUACAGAGGCACACAAUUUGGUUAAAAGGUUUCCAUCAACACACAGUUCUGCUGCAUUGUCUGCUUUGCUUUCUGCUUGCAGACUAUAUGGGGAUACAGAGAUCGGUGAAGCUAUAGUGAAGCAGAUGUUAAAAUUGGAGCCACAUAACAUAGGUUCCUAUGUUUUGGUAUCAAAUAUAUUUGCAGAAGGGGGGAGAUGGGAUGAAGUAGCCCGAAUAAGGGCAAUGACAAAGGAUAAUGAAUUCAAAAGCCCUCCAGGAUAUAGUCUGAUAGAGCUAGAAAAGCAGCAUAUGAGAUGUGAACCAUAAAAGAAAAAAAAUUGUUCUUUUAAUGUCCACAUGAAGAAAAGAAUUUUGAUAUAUGGCCAAUGAUAUCAGUGGUGGGAAUAAUGGUAUCAAAGUGAGUAUACGAAUCAAUAUAAUUUAAAUUUUAGAAAAUGGAGUACA